UCGCGCGGGAGCCGGGCGCAGAGGCGCGGAGGCUGCAGGUCGGUGGGAACGGAAGCGCCUGUAGGGCGGAGGGGAAGCCAGGAUGGCGACUCCGAGUCGGAAGACGUCGACCUCAAGCUCCCUGGCCUCCAAGAGAGCUCUCCCGAGGGAUCCUUCGUCGGAGGUCCCGAGCAAGAGAAAGAGCUCGGCCCCUCCGGCGCCGCCGCCGCCGCCACUGCCGCUGCAAUCGUCCAGGCCUUUCGUGGAAGGCUCUAUCGUCCGCAUCGUGAUGGAGAACUUCUUAACGUAUGAUAUCUGUGAAGUAUCUCCUGGACCCCAUCUGAAUAUGAUUAUUGGAGCUAACGGCACAGGAAAGUCUAGCAUCGUGUGUGCCAUUUGUCUUGGAUUAGCAGGCAAACCUGCUUUCAUGGGACGGGCAGAUAAGGUUGGUUUUUUUGUGAAGAGAGGAUGUUCCAAAGGAAUGGUUGAAAUUGAAUUGUUCAGAACUUCUGGAAAUCUUGUAAUCACCCGUGAGAUUGAUGUGGCAAAAAAUCAGUCUUCUUGGUUCAUCAACAAAAAAUCUACAACCCAGAAAGUAGUAGAAGAGCAAGUUGCAGCCUUAAACAUUCAAGUGGGCAAUCUUUGCCAGUUUUUACCUCAGGUAUGAG